GGCGUCUAUUUGAAAUUUGUUUACUUGACCGUGGUGAUGUUAGAACAUAACGGUCUUCAUGAGAUAUUUCAUCCAUCCGUCUCAUGGAUUAUGAAAUCUGGUGUCCAUCUAGAAUACACACCGGAAGAUACACUCAAAAGCGCUAUUUUUAUUAGUGGAGACGAUGGUUCUGUUGCAGUAAAAGAACCCAUAGUAACCGAAGUUUGCAGCAGUAAUGAUGACCUUAAAAUAAUUAACUCCAAGUUUAACUCGGUGACUGCGGAUGAGACUAAUUGUGCAAACGCUGGGGACAGCCUCCAGAAGCCUGAUACUCCUCAUAAUAAUAUUGAAGAAUGUCCCAAGGAAGUAACAGACGAGUCAAAUGAUCCGCAACCAGGGUCAGCGAAUUGCUGCCGUGGUAUUGGAAGUGACUCAGGCUGCUUGGAUAAGGUAAAUGCAACGGACGGAGAUGGUGGUUCUCUGUCUGUAGGUGUUAAGCAUCCAACUAAGCGUUCUGUGAUUCCAAAGAAACCAGCGCCUUAUCUAAAACGACGACAAGGUGUAUCUGCUUGGUGCAGUAAAAUACGAAAACAAGGAUUACCAGUCAAAGAACCGGCAGGUGCAGUGAUUAAGCAGCAGCAACAGCAGCAGUGUAUGAAUUCACCGCGAACACCAGUCGUUCAAGAGUCUGUACGAAGUGAACAGUCUAAAGCACAAAGUUCAAAAACUAAUUUACCAAGACGAGUGAAAAGUUCUGUCAAAAAUCAAUCAUCUAACAAAAAUGUAAAUGUUCCAUGCCGUGGAUAUAAACAACCAGAUCAUAUAAAUAAUUCAGAAUCUUCAGAGAGUAAAAAGGAUAAAGUUGGAGAUGAAGAAGAAAUGAAAAAUAAGGAUGAUAAAGAAAACCGAGGUAAUAACUACACAGACGAUGGCAAUAAUAAUGAUGAUUACUCCCAAUGUACUACACAUCUUCUAGCCAGACCAAUGAUGAUAAAUUCACGCGAUUUAGAAAAAUCAAUCAAUCACUUGUCUGUUGAAUUAAUGCAUACCAGUUUAUUCAAUGAAUCACAUAAAGAAGCUAGAGAUUUAGAAGAAUUUGAAUUACUGGAAGAAUUUGCUGAAACUUCAUCUUUUCCCAACCUGACUACAUCAUUCAUCUCAAAGUUGAAUAAAUCAAAGUGUGGUUUGCAUAGAAGUAGUCAACAAAAACAGACAGUUGAAGCACUGAAAGGAAAUCAGUCCACAUCUAGGGAUGAUUCUGCAGUCGCAUUAAAUGAUAAACAACUGAGUACAGUUGCACAACAUCAUUCAGAACACCACCACCACCACCUUACAAGUAAUUAUAAUCAACCAGUUAACAAUCUUAAAAAAAAUAUGACUACUAGUCAGUUUACCUCCUCCUCUUCGUCGUCGUCGUCGACAAACGAUAAUCUACACAAUGUUGACAGUAUACUAGCAAAUACAAUAGCUCCAGUAUAUAAAGAAUGUAAAGUAACCCCACAUUUUCAUAUUAUAAAAGCACCAUGUGAAGAAAUUCAAUCAUUGUCAUCGACAACACUGGUCAAUCAAAAGCAAACAGAAAAAUGUCAUGAUGAUAAUGAUGAUGAUGAUAAUAAUAAUAAGAAUGAAAUGAUUUCAACAUUUCAACAAAUCAAUGCUUUACCAGCAUCAUCUGAUCCUCUUCAACAGUGUGAUCAUUAUGAUUUUGAUGAUGCACAUUCAUGGAGUUUCAGUGCUUCUGAUUUAAAUGAUAUUAAAUUAUCAUCUGGAUUCGAUUUCUCAGAAACAUCACUUACAAGUUGUUGUGGUGAUCUGGGAAAUCAGCCGAAUGAAUCAUUAACAAAGACAACAACAACAACAACAGUGAAGACAACACGUCCCAUCCUGAUACCGGAAUCGAAUAAAUCCUCUUCAUUUAUACCUAAUCAUCAAGAAGUAGGAAAGGUGAAAAGAAUCACUUUCAGUGAUACAGUAAACCAUAAUACUUGUACAUCAUUUCCUCAAAAUAAAAAAUCAAUUCAAUCUCAUAAUGAAAAUGACGCCAUCAUUUCUACUAAUAAUUCGAAUGAGCUAUUAAAAGAACACCUGAAUUCUAGUGAUCAAGGCAAUGUUACAUGUGGGGAUGAACAAAGUGUUGUAAAACAAUGGAUUAAUCGUCUAGAAGAAGAAGUUAAACGUUUCAAGGUAGAAAAUGCUAAUUUAAACAAAAUGAAAACAGAACUACAAGAUAAAUCACGUCAAUUAGAAACAGAAAAAGCUCGUUUUGAAGAGAGUAAAAUGAAGGAGAAAAAAGAAUUUGAAGAAUAUAAAGAGGCUGAAAUGAAGAAAUUAAAAAAAGAAAAACGAGUUUUAGAAGAAUAUCAACGUGCUUUAAAAACUAUGCCAAACAAGAAAGAUCGUGAAGAAAUUGAACGACUUAAACAAGAACUUGAUGAAUCUCGAGUAGAUAUGGGUAAACGUGAAAUACGCUGGCAUGCAGCACUUAGUCGUCUACGUACACGUAAUGAAGAACUUGAAAGUGAACGAGAUGAACUUAAAAGUCGGAUAAGUAGACUAGAAGAAGAGCGUAUAUCAUUACAAGCUCAAUUGACAAAAUUGAAAGUAUCUACAGCAAAUGAAUCAAGUGGUAAUAAACAGAGAUUGUCUUCUUCGUCACUUCGUCAGACUGUUAAUUCUAUAUCGCAAUCUAUAAGUUUUACACCUCACAAUGGAAAUACUUCAAAAGCUUUAGAUGACGGUAAUAUCAGUCAUCGUCAACAGUCGAGGCAACCAUCAGCUACACGUUCAUUAUCAUCAUCAUCAUCUCGUCCUGUAUCAAGAUUAAAUCAUCCUGAUCGACUUGGUACAAUAACUAGUAAACAAACGACUACAUCAAGUAAUCAUCAGAAAUCCAACCUCACUUCAAAUAAAACUUCCAAUACUAUUCAAUCAACACAAAAGUUAUGUCAACAAGAAUCGACUUCAUCUGUCACAGGUACACGUGAAAGUAUAGCCAGUGGAGGUGGUUAUUUCACUGGAGAUGAUGAUUGUGGUUCAAUUGGCGGCAGUAGUGGACGUGUUGUCAAGUUUUCUACACGUUCAACAGAUCCUGAAUAUGAUAACGAUGUUGCUGAUAUUGAUGGUGGUGGCAAUCUUUUGUGUAAUGGUGAUCACAGUAAACAGAAGUCAACACACCUUCGUAUAAACAAAGAAAUAAAUUGUUGUGAUAAAAAUAAUGUAAUACAAGCGCCGCUUGAUUCACACAUUUCUCAGAGAAAAGAUAAUGUCAAUAGGUUAGGUAAUAAUUGCCAAGAGAGGUUACCAAUUCCUGGGACAGCUGCUUCAGGUACUAUUGUUCGAAGUGUGAAGCAUACAGACGGUUCGAUUGAACAAACUUAUUCAAAUGGUGCUGUAAUUGUAUCCUAUGCUAAUGGUUCAGUAAAGGAGAUAUUUCCUGAUACAAUAACAGUUGUUGUAUCUUUAUUCAAUGGAGAUAUUAAACGAACACUGCCGGAUGGUCGUGUAAUAUAUCAUUAUGCAGCUGAUGGAACAGUUCAAACAACCUAUCCUGAUGGUACUGAAGAGAUCAUAUAUCCAGAUGGACACCAAGAAAUUAUACAUGCUCAUGCACUGCAGCAGAUAAAUCCUCCGACAGCUGCCGUUGAUUCAUUGAAAUCAUUACCAAAUGAACAAAUAUGCCGACGAUUAAGUAAUGGUGAUAAGGAGAUACUGUUACCUAAUGGUCAGCGUGAAAUUCAUUCCAAUUCUGGAAUUAAAUGUCGUAUAUAUCCCGAUGGUACAACAAAAACUGUCUUUCCUGAUGGUCGUCAUGAAACUCGUUACAGUUCUGGACGACUACGAGUUAAAGAUGCCAAUGGUACCCUACUGUUGGAUACACGAUUGCCUGUCGCUUCCGCGUGUCAUCCUGUAAUGAAUAAUAAUAAUAAUAAUCUUGAUAACUUAGUUAGUCGUAUUCCAAAUGGCUCCUCCAAUGGUGAUUCCUUAAAGAAUAUCACUUCCAAAUGCACAAAUUAGUCACUAUUGAAGAUGAGAAAUCCAACCUUUAACUUUGUUUAAUUUCUUCUCAAAUGAUAUGUACAAAAUUAGCCCAUAUAUACAUAUUACAUUUUACUGUUCUCCACACUUUUUCAAAAGUGUACUCGGCUGUGAUCUGUAAUACCCUUCAUUUUCAUUUUUUUUAAAUUUCACUUAAGUUGGAAAGAAAAAAAAAAGUUUUAUUAUGCUUUGCUUUAAUUUUUCGAAUGUUGGUUGAUUCAGAUUUUUUUUGUCCUAACAUGCAACGUAUGGUAUCUAAAGUCUUCAGAUUAAAUUAUGUAUCUGUUUACUCGUUCG